AUGGAGGAAAAACAAGAAAUGGAAAUUCUGUGGAAGAGAGGUAGACUAUUAGGAAAAACAAGAUUUGGUUUUGUUUCAUUGGCUUCUACUGAUUCUUCUUCUCCUCUCAUUCCAUCUCUCAUUGCCGUUAAAUCAUGUAUGUUGAGCCGCUCUCGCUCUCUUCAACAUGAAACAAAAUUCUUAAGAAUGUGUGAAGAUUGUCCUCAUGUUAUUCGUUGUUUCGGAGUUAAAGUCACCCAAGAAGAUGGGAUACUUCUUUACAACUUGCUCCUUGAAUAUGCCUCUGCUGGAAGUCUUGCUGAUCGUCUUCUGUAUAAUGAUGAACUAGGGUUGCCCGAGUUUCAAGUUCAAAAACACACAAAAAAUGUUGUUUUAGGUCUUAGUUUCAUUCACGAAAAAGGGAUCAUUCAUUGCGACAUAAAGCCAAACAACAUUCUUCUUGUUACUGAUGAUUAUGAUACGUCAGAGGUGGCAAAGAUCGCGGAUUUUGGGCUUUCCUUAACUUUGGAACAGAGCUGGACGCAGAAACAGGUGCUCAGAGGAACGAAAAGGUACAUGGCACCUGAAUCCCUACUUAACCAGGAGUAUGGCCCAGAAGCUGAUAUUUGGGCACUUGGAUGUACUGUUUACGAGCUGAUCACUGGGACACCACUCUGGAAAUCAUCCAAUUCAGAUCCAAAGUUUGAUGAUGUGUUGCACCGAAUUAAGUAUGUGGAACCAAAUUUGGAGAAUGCCAAACUGUCUAAAGAGGCAAAAGAUUUCCUGAGCAAUUGUCUGGUUAAGAAUCCAAACUUGCGUUCGACUGCAAGCAUGCUCUUGAAUCACUCUUUUCUGAAAUCGGCUGACAAUGUCCAGCCACCAAAGACGAGGAAGAGGCAACGUGGUUACAUGUCCAUCUGUUCACUAAAUGCAAUUCCAAUGCUGAUAGCAAGCAUGUUUUCACUUAACUGAAUUCUGUUUUUGCCUAUCCUUGGAGUGAAAUUGCUUCAAGAGUGGAACGGCGGAAACUCGGGAAAGGCUGCUGGUUACUGACAAUUUUUAUUUAGAUAGAUUGACUAUAGAACAUUGACAUAUUGUAUAUAUGCUUAUAGUUAAUUAACACUCCUUACAAAGGAAGAUAGCUUGCUGUAUGUGAUUUUUGGCCAUCAUUUUUUA